AUGUCCUCCGCCGUCGCGACCACCGAUACUCCGCAUCUCCGCGUGUCCGCCGCGAAGAACAAGGGUCUCGAUGUAAAGAAUGACCAGCAGCCGGUAACCAAGCUCUGCGGUCCCGAACCUCUCACCAAAUAUGUGGUGUUCGGUGUUGUAUCUCUCCAGAUAUGCUGUGCAUAUCUACUCCGGGACACCUCGAUGCUGUCCUGGCGGUUCCUUGCAACCGCAUACUUGAUCGGGGCAACUGCCAACCAGAACCUCUUCCUCGCCAUCCAUGAAAUUUCUCAUAACCUUGCCUUCCGGUCCCCGAUGGGCAAUCGCCUGUUGGCGAUUUUUGCCAAUCUCCCUAUUGGGCUACCUUACAGCGCCGCGUUCCGGCCCUACCACCUAACACAUCAUAAAUCCCUCGGCGUCACAGGCCUCGAUACCGAUCUUCCAACUGCGGUUGAGGCCUUCCUUCUCGACUCCCUCCUCGGCAAGGCUUUCUUCUGUACUUUCCAGAUCCUCUUCUACGCCGUCCGGCCUAUGUUCAUCUACAGCCCGCCCUUCACCUACAUCCACGCUCUGAACCUCGCCGUCCAACUCUCCUUCAAUUAUGCCCUCACCAAAUUCUGCGGCGGGUCGCUACAGCCCUUCUUUUACUUCAUUCUGAGCUCGUUCCUCGCCGGCUCGCUCCACCCAUGCGCAGGCCACUUCAUCGCAGAGCAUUACUUCUUCUCCAAAGUCGACCACGGAACAGAGUCCAUUGUAGAGCAGAAGACGAAACUCACCGAAAAGAAACAGCCCCAUCCCUUGGAUAACAUCCCUCCCCCCGAAACAUACUCCUACUAUGGACCCCUCAACAUCCUGACCUACAACGUAGGUCUGCAUAAUGAACAUCACGAUUUCCCUGCCAUACCCUGGACAAAAUUACAUGCGCUCCAUCGCAUCGCGAGCGAGUUCUACGAGCCGCUGCCUUGUCAUCAUUCCUGGGUCUGGGUUAUCUGGACGUUUAUUCUGGAUAAGAAUGUUGGGAUGUGGUGCCGGGUAAAGAGAGCCCAGGGGGGCCGGAUUGUCGGUGGUGGCGGGAAGUCCGGACGUAGCGGAGAGACUAUCUCGGCUGAGUCGGCUGGGCCGGAGGAGAAUGAAGAUGGGUGGAAGGAGAGUGAACUUCAAAGCUGA